UUGUGUUUGCCUGACAACCAACAAACCAUUCACUUUAUAUUUUGCUUCACGAGGCACGGCAACAGUACACGAAAGCAGCUAAGCGGUAGACAGAAAUAUUAUUUUAGAAUAACCAGAAAAAAAUGGCUACUCAAGUUAAACCGGCCACACGAUUUGCUCCAUCAGAUUGGUUUACAUCAAACUACACCAUUUCUACCAAUGCUGAACGCCAGAGAGAAUCUUCACACCAAGUACGACAGGAGUCUAGAUUCCUCCGUAAUGAAACCGACAACAGAACCAAAUGGGACCAACAUGAUAAUAACACUAGGUUAUCUGAUCGAGUAGAUGAUAUAAGAAAAUGGAAGGAAAUUUUAGAAAAAUGUUUGGCUGAUUUAGAUAAGGAAAUUGCUGAUCUGUCAGAAUCUAAAGAGCAAACUGAGCUCGCUUUGGAAGCCAAGAAUGUUCCCACAGAUGUUGCAAUUGAGUGCCUAACAAUCCGUGAAGGAAGGCAGGCUAUUGAUUUAGUAUCAGAUGAAGUGGAAGCACAAUUACACAAGGAAGUAGAAGUCAUUGAUGGCAUUAAAAAGCAGUUGCAGCAAAAAUGCUCUGAGGCAUUUGAACAGCUCUGCUUGCUGCAAGAGGCUCGCCAGCAGAUCAUCAUGGAUCUUCAAGACAAGAACAUUGCCCUUGGAAUUGAUGUAGACCAAUACAACCUGACUGAAAGAUCUCCACUCAUCAGCUUCAAACCAGAUCCUACUAGGGUACCAAAGGGGAGUGUGACUCCUCAAAACUGGGAAGACUUCAGCCGUUACAACAAAGAACGUGCUGAGGCAGAAAUGAAUGCUUCCACCCGUCUUCGUGAAGCCAUACACCAUACCCUGCAGCAGACAGCUAAUGAUCUGGAGGCUCAGCGUCUGGCUACAGAGUAUGCUUACAGGAAGAGAAUCCACGAGACUGAGAGGGCCAAGGGAGAACUUGAGUGGCAGAAGCAAAAUACUGAAGAAGAGAUUGCCCAGCUUGAGGAGGAUAUCCGAGGUAUCGAGCGAGCUAUUCGUGACAAGAUCAACCCUAUGAAACUUGCACAGACACGACUAGAGAACAGAACUUACAGACCUAAUGUUGAGCUCUGCCGUGACCAUGUGCAAUAUGGGCUGACUGACGAAGUAAAACAGCUGGAAGCCACAAAGAAAGGACUAGAAGAGAAGCUCAGACAGGCUAAACAUGCAUUGGAUGGACUUGAGCAGAACCUUCACAGGAUUAAUGAAGACCUUGCUUGUAAAAUUAAUUCUCUUAUGUUGGACAACCGUUGCAUGGAUACUCGCAAGAAGCUGACCAUCCGUCCCUUUUCUUCCACAGACAGAAACAUAAGUUUGACAGGAAUUGAGCGCGAGAGGACGCAAGUUUUGGCAUAAACUUUAGAAGUGACAUUUUAAAAAUGCAGAUUUUCAUCAAAACUAUCUCUGGACUGGACUUUUUUUCCCCCGACAUACUGGCAGUACUAGCUGGUUCAAAAAUCUUGAACACAUUCAACAUUUAAAUCUUUCAUCUUUUGCUCACCCAAAAUAUUUUGCUUUAUAUGUGAAAAAAAAGGAUGUCUCAUUUAUAGAAAACCAUACAGUUUAAAAUGGAUUUUGGAGACCCAUUAUUGUUUUGAUUGCUCAAGCUUUUAAAUUAUUUUAGACAAGUAUAUCAUCACCUUUCAAUUAGUUAAAUACAUUUCUGUCCAUUGUUGGUCAAGAUCGUGAAAAUAAUUGAUAUUGUAAAUAAAAUUGUGUAGUAAGAUUGAAGCUGUAAGCUGUAACAGUGCACCAUUUCAUAUAAGUAUUUGUAAAUAAAAACCAUUUUAUCAUCAAACA